GUUUCAGAUUUACAGAACAUCCUGUGAGUAAAAACUCCACCGAGAGAGCAGCACCUCCUCCUUCCUCUGCUUGUCUCCUCCUUCUUCCUCCCGCCUUUACACCCCCAUCCCUCCCUCCCCACCAGCUGAAGAGGAGAGCUGUCAGCUGGAGAGUCUACAGCUUCACAAGUCUGCUGAGGAGAAAGGAGUUCAGUCUGCUGCUGUGAGGAGGAACGACGGGGAGUAACAGAGAAGAGCAGAGAAGCAGAUGAGGAGGAGAUGUUGUGUGUGUGUGGAGUCACUGUGUUCCUCCUCCUGGUCGGGGGAGAGGCUCAGAGUGGAGACUCAGACUCAGAGCCAGGACUCAGCUGCUUCUCUCACAUCAUGAUGGAUAGCUGCAGUCUGACCUGCCGACUGGAGGGAAUGGGGGGCAACAGCGAGGAUGAUGAAGAUGAAGAGACCGACAGCAUCCAGAAGAUAACCAUGUGCUACAGAGACUGGGGCCAAAAGGCAGAGCGCUGCAUUGAGAGACUCGGGGACACGGUGAACUCCACAGAACUGAAUCCUCUGGGUGACUACUAUGUGACCGUCUACCUGAAGAGAGGACGGCGGAUUAAGACCACCGUGGAACUGAAGAAGAUCGUGAAACCAAGGAGCCCUCAGGUGUCCAACGUGACCUUUGACCUCGACUCUUACCAGGCCGUGUUCCACAUUCAGACCCCAUACCACCAACAGUACCUGAAAGUAGAGAACCAGAUGUUCCAGCUGCUGAUCUGGAGUGCAGGCAGCUCCUUGACUCAGAACGUGUCGUCCUCAGACACUCUGAAGGUCAACAUGCAGCACCUGACCUUGAACACACAGUACCACGUCCGAGUGCGAGCCAUACCACUCGGACACCUACAGGGCACCUGGAGCGAGUGGAGCGACUCGUCCCCCUUCUUUACUCCUGACGUUGUUCUAGAACAAAGAGUCCACAAACAGACGGAUGUGUCGACGCUCAGACUGACGGUGUGCCUCGUCGUGCUGCUGCUUGUCACUUCCUGUGUUGUUUUCUUCUGGAAAAUCAAGAUCUUUUCCUACAUGUGGCCGAGCAUCCCCCACCCCAAACACACUCUGCUGCAGAUCUGCAGGCCCAAUAAGGGCCUCCUCCUGAACUUCAAACCUGAAGAGUUCAGCGCUCUGAGAGUGUCUCCUUUGGCCAAAUCAGAGGAGCAGCCGUGUGAGGAGACCGACCCUCCCACUCCUCCUGCAGCUAACAGCAGCUCCUCGACUCCUCCCUGCUCCACCCAGACCUCCGAGUGCUCCACCACCAUCACCAGCAUCAGCACCGAGGAGCUGUCCGGCCUGCUGAGCAGGAGCUCCUCAGAUGUGGAGGACGGCGUCCAGAGCAGCGGUCCAUCCUCCAUCAACUUCCUCCAGGAUGAGCAGAGACCUCACACGCCCCCACAAGAGCACAGCGAGGGAGGAAAUGAGGGGGAGGAGUCAGGAGGGAGUCAGCAGGAGGAGGCCUACGUCACCAUGUCCAGCUUCUAUCAGAUCAAAUAGGUCAGGAGGAGGAGUGUGGAAGACUAGGAGACAACCAGCUACACCUGAGGAUGCUCUUAUCAGUGCUUCGUAAUCUGCGGGUCAGGACCCCUCAUGAGGACCCUAGAUACAUCUGAGAGGCCACCAAACCUUAAAGUAAAAGUCAGUUUUUUUAGUGCUCACUUGAUGUCCGGACUGAAGUAUGUGGGUCAUCUGGAUUCAUGAAUCCCAGGUGACUCCAGAGUGAUCACAUGAUGAUUCAUGAAGUUCACCUGAAGGAUGUCAGGUAUGAAUGAAGAGGACGACGCAUCAGCCUGCCUCCUCAUAAAUGUCUGUAAUUCUUCUUUCUGCAGGUCGAAGAGAGAAUUAUGUUUCACUGACAGCAGAACGAUCGACUGCACUCUUUGAUUUGGGGACAUGGAAAUAUAGACUUGAAGUAUUUUGUUGCUUUUGAUGUUUAUUUUGAUGUUUUCAUUAUUAAUUUGAUGUUUUUCGUGUACUGACAACUCCUCAAACUGCCGACUGGACAAAUUAGUCCAGGACCUUCAGACACGUUGGACCUCCUCACUGUUUACUUCAACAGCUGCUGACUGUAGGUUUUCCAGAAUCAUUACCACAUCGGGGUAGUUUUGGCAGACUGAGGAUCUCACAUUUGUUCUCAUCCUGCACUUUGUCUUAGAUUUUUUUAUUUUCUGGGGGGACUUUUUGUGCCUUUUAAUUGAUAGAUAGGACAGUGGAUAGAGUCGGAAAUCAGGGAGAGAGAGUGGGGAAUGACAUGCGGGAAAGAAGCCACAGGCCGGAUGUAAACCCGGGCCGACCGUUUGAGACGACAGCCUCCAUACAUGGGGCUAACCACUGCUCCACCAGCACCCCUCAUCCUGCACUUUAGACCAAUCAGUACGACCUUCUAGGACAGUAGGUUGUUUAUAAAACAACCAGACUCUUCCCUCUUCAGAGCGGUGAGGGGUAAACAUACAGAAACAGCUAACAGCUAAUCGCCUUGUGGCUGCUCCUUCUCAGGCAUGUAGGUCGAUUCAGUAUUUGAUGAUGGAGCGGUUAAUCUUCACUUAGCUGGAGAAGCAUUUCUUAAUUCAACAGAGCGAUCAGCACAAACAGAACUCCGCCAUUGUUGUUGUAGUCCACCUACUCGCUCAUGGCUGUGUGCAAGGAGUCGGCCAAACCGUCGCUUUGCCUGUGUCUAGAUUGAUCUAAAGUUAGGUAGAGUCAGUAUUGCCAACAUGGUGACCACCUUCAUUCAGCUUCACAACUCCUCUCUUCAAAAACCCCUGAUGACGGCACUGAGUACGUCCAUGAUUUAUACAGACCACAGUUAAAAAUAUCUGAAAACACCAGCGAGGUCCUUUCAAACAAAGCUGCUCAAAUCUGUAUGAAGGGAAACAAACUCCUGAUGCACACCUCCUCAUUCAGGACACUCAGACUCUUCUGUCUGUGAAACAGCUGCUUUCCUUUGCUCAGCACUGUGACAUCACUCUGAGCUGCAGGUGAGCUACAGGUGAGCUGCAGAGCUGCAGAGGCCUGACCCGACUGUUUGUGGACACGACAAACACAAAGCUGCUUUUGAAAAUAUGUAACACAACAUGCACCUCGAUUUUUAUUUCUGCGCAGACUGAAAUGGUCAGAAUGAACUUUUAUAAGAUAUCAGAAACUUUAAAGUCUGAUUGUACCUGCUGCACAGCACAGAGCAAAGGGCACAUUACCUGAGAGUUUAGGGAUGAAGACCUUAUAAGGUGUUGUAUUUCAGAAUAAAGUCGUCAUAUUAGGAGAUCAAGUUGGAGAAAAGAGCCUAAAUAUAAAAGGCUUUUCUAAAAUAGUACAUCUUUAUUUUUUGCAACUAUUCAGGUGAUUCAGCUUUUAUCUUACAGUUAUUCUUGUAGCGUUACGACUUUGUUCACAAAGUAUUUUUUUAAUGUGGCUCUAAUCUCAGUUAUUGUUACAACAUAUUCUAAAAUAUAACCAAUGUACAAAUCUUUUUACUUUAACAGUCUGUGGUUUUAUGCAUAUCAAUAAAAACAUGUUAUAAAGUCA